AUGUUGAAACGCCUGGAAGUUGCUCGUUUAGUUUCUUAUAGAUGGUCAAGCAAUGAAGCUCAGAGGUCGUUCGACGUCGAUUUAGUUAGUUUGAACUAUGCCAAAAGAACGGAAUGGGCUGCUGCAAACUUUGGAAAUUCUGGUGAACCAUAUCGCAUGGUCCUACCGCCUCCUAAUGUAACAGGAAAACUUCAUAUUGGACAUGCUCUAACUGUUGCUGUAGAAGAUUCUAUUUGUCGUCAUCAACGAAUUCAAGGAAAAACUGCAGUAUGGACUCCCGGCUUCGAUCACGCCGGCAUAGCUACUCAAUCAGUGUUCGCCAAGGAUCUGUGGAAAAGAGAGAGAAAGCUCCUAAGCGAUUUAUCAAGGGAAGAGUUUCUCGCGAAGUGCUCGGAUUUUUCCAUGAAAAACGCUGAUGUAAUAUCUACGCAGUUAAAGCGAAUGGGUGCUACUUUGGAUUGGGAUAAUUCUUAUUAUACCAUGAAUGAGAAGUUUUCAUCGGCCGUCACCAAAGCUUUUAUGAUUCUGUACAACGAGAAAUUGAUCAAACGAGAUAAACGCAUUGUUCAGUGGUGUCCGAUGCUCCAAAGCUCUUUAUCAGACCAAGAGGUUGAAAGAGUCGAUAUCAAUGCUGAUCAAUCUUUAACAGUCAAGGCUUCUGAUGGAACGACGAGAGUUGUUGAAGUUGGAGUUAUGCAUAAAAUCAAAUAUCCAUUAGCUGACUCGCUUGACACUUUUCUUGAAGUGGGAACUACUCGUCCCGAAACAAUUUUUGCCGAUGUUGCUCUCGCUGUUCAUCCUAGAGACAAUAGAUAUUCUAAGUUUAUAGGUAAAUUGGUGAAGCAUCCUAUUUUGAGCGACCGAGUUCUUCCUGUCAUAUCAGAUGAAAGUGUGAAGCCUGAGAAAGGAACAGGAGUCGUAAAGAUCACUCCAUAUCAUGACGCUCUGGAUUAUGAAAUAGCAUCCAGGCAUUGGAAAGAAAUUUUACAAGUUGAUCCAUCCAGUUCAAAUCGUCACUGUGUUAAUGAUAAUGGAAAGCUGAUCAAUGUUCCUUCUGAUUAUCAUGAUCUGGAUAGAUUCGAUGCAAGAAAGAAAAUUGUUCAAAACUUAUCAUCUAUUUCGCUCUACGGUGGAGUGAUCAAGCAUGAUUCAGCUCAAGUGAGCAUCUGUUCACGCACUGGAGAUAUCAUUGAACCUAGGCUAACGGAGCAAUGGUUCCUUGAUACACGAGAUAUGCAUAAUGAACUCGAAUCAGAUUUAAGACGAGGCUUGAUCAAAGUAACACCAGGAUUUCAUGAACAACGUCUGAUGGAUUGGCUAAGCAAUGUGGAGCCGUGGUGUUUGAGUCGUCAAAUACUGUGGGGUCAUCGUAUUCCAGCGUUCACCUCAAAUGGAAGUAAUUGGACAGUAGCAGAAAACAUAGAGAAAGCUAAGCAAAUUUUGAAUAGCGAUGAUGUGAGACAGGAUUCGGAUGUACUAGAUACUUGGUUCAGCUCUUCGUUGGUUCCUCUUGUAACCACUGGAUGGAUGGAAGGCCAAACAUAUAAUAAUGUGCCUCUCCAUAUAAUGGAAACUGGAUGGGAUAUUCUGGGAUUCUGGGUUGUUAGAAUGCUCAUUCUCACCAAAAAACUUACAAACCAAAACGCUUUUCCACAAGUUGUACUUCAUGGACUGAUUAGGGAUUCAAAUGGACGAAAAAUGAGCAAAUCACUAGGUAAUGUGAUUGAUCCCUUGGAUGUCCUGGACGGCAUCACUAAAGAAGAAAUGAUUCUAAGACUCAAAAGCAGUUCUUUAUUAGAGAAAGAAAUAGAAACUGGAAUAUCAGAAAUAGAACGUAAACAUCCAGAAGGUAUCCCUAAGUAUGGAGCGGAUGCUCUUCGAUUUGCUUUAUUCAAACACGAUGUCCUGUCAAUGGAUAUUCCUAUCAACAUUAGUGAGACAGCUGGAGAGGGUUAUCGCUUUUGUAAUAAGUUGUGGAACCUAAUUCAAUAUGCAGAGUCUGUUAACGAGAAAUGUAAAUCGUCGAGAGAAUACGAUUCGGAUCAUCCAGCUGACCUUUGGAUUUUGUCUCGAUUAGCAUCGACUCUGUCGGAAACGGAUGACCACAUGUCAAACUUCUCACCUCAUUCAGCAUUUAAUACGCUUUACAGGUUUAUCUUGACAAAUAUAUGUGAUGUUUAUCUGGAGUCAACCAAAAAAGAUAUUUGGAGUGAUAACACACUAAGACAUGAAGAGAUCCGUACGACAUUAACGCGAGUUCUUCAACCUACAUUGGUUCAACUAUCUGUAUUCCUACCAUUUGUGUCUGAACAUUUGUAUGAAAGAUUAUUUAACCGCGAAAAGGGCUCGAUAUACUUCGACUUUGUGAAAGCUUCAUAUUUCCAACUACAUAGAGAUGAUGAUUUAGAAAAUCAGAUGAACCUGGCUCUCUCUGUAGUCUCCUCCGCUCGCUCUGUAAGACAACAACUUAAUCUGCCCAAUAAGCUGGUGUUUGACGCGAUUCUUUUCACCGGCAGACGAGAUAUGAACAUGAUGAAGAAUGUUAUAUCUGAUCUAGGAAAUGUAAACAUUGUAAAAAUUUGUGACAAAGACAAUGCAAUACCACAAGGAUAUAUGCCUUCAUGUCUUGCAGGCUUUGAUGAUCGCAUAGCUCUCCGAAUAGAAAAAGAACACGAAUCUGAAUUUAUGGCUCGAUUAACACGAGUUUUGGAAAAAGCCGAGGAGAGAAAGAAAUCGUUUGAGUCUAAAAGUCGCAAGUACGAGGAGAUUGUGCUGAGAGAUGAAAAGGAGGGAAAAGUCAAGCAGAAUGUUAUAGAGAAAUCUCGCAGAAAAGCAUCUCAGGCUAAGAAUGCUGCUUCCUCGGCAGCCACUGAAGCAGAAAAGAUAAGGGCUCUACUCGAAGAUCUGAAACAUAGCUAG